AACCAGAGACAGGGCGAGAUUCUGUACAAAUAGAAUAUAUAAUAUAAAUAAUGAGAAUUACAAAUUUCCUCUUCUCCAGAGUGGGAAAAUGGUCUAAACAAUAUUCAAAUUUGCCUGAGAGAUACAUCAAAAGGGCAAUGGAACAGGUCUACUGGAGGAACCCCAAAGGCAUACAAUAUAAACCAAAUGCAAUUGUUCAGAGAAAAAAAUACAACUUCACAGUGAACAGGCCUUGGACAGGACAAUUCAGGCAGGAAAACGCACCUGGUAGCUUAGCAGCAAAAGUAUUUGUAGAACCUAUUAAAGAAUGGAGCCAUUUUCGAGGGGACAGAGUGCAAAUAUUAACAGGUAAAGACAAAGGGAAACAAGGGGUGAUAAAGGAAAUCAUUCAGGAGCGUAACUGGGUCAUUGUGGAAGGUCUGAACUGCGAACUGAAAAAAAUGGGCCAAAGAGAUGAUUUCGAGGGGGUCUGGGUACGCGCUGAAAAGCCUCUUCUAGUAACAUCCGAAAUAUCCCUAGUGGACCCAUCUGAUCUCACCCCCACUCCCAUAGAAUGGAGGUUUACAGAAGAGGGGGAGAAGGUUAGAGUCUCAACUCGAACUGGGAGAAUCAUACCAAUUCCACCAUCAGUAGAAGAAACGAUAGACUAUAAAACGAAAGGUACAUACAAGGAGCAGCCCAAAGAUACUGCUGCCGAUGAUCUUAGUGAAAUUACAUUCGAGCCUGCUCUACGCACCUUUGAGAUGGAUAUUAUGGAGAAAAUGGGGAUCAAAGAAGAUAGGGUGCCUCCUAAGUCGUAUUGGUAUUGAGUAUGUGCCAUUGUACAUUACUCUUGUCUUUGUUGAAAAUGAUAGAAUAUAUUCAAAUUCUUUUUACUCUCCACUAUUACCGAUUGAUUUUCACAAAAUGGUAGGUACCUGAUAAGAAUUUGACAAAAGUUGAUAUAAACAUAAUAUGUUUCCUCUAGAAUUUGAGAUUGAGUAUAUUAUUUUUAUUAUUAUCAUGAAUAUUUGCAAUUCGAUAUAUUUCAGUAAGCUGAUGAAGCAUUUGAUUUUAUUCAACAAAUGUAUUCACUACUUCGAUUUCAACAACUACAUGAGGUAUGAAAUGGAAAUACACCAAGCCACUGAAU